UUGCUUAAGGACGCGAAGCGGUUGCGACGGCCUUCAGCCUCUCCCUCUGCGGCUCUGGCCCGUACCUUUAACUUGCGUUCCUUUGGGGCCGUUCGGUGUUUCCACGUGUCUUGGGCCCGCCCACUGCAGCCGCCAUCUUGGAGGCGGUCGCCGGCGCCUAGGGGAGCUGGUAGGACUUCCGGGUCGGACCUCUAGUUGCCGGGGUAACCGGAGCAGAGUUGCCCUGGUGCGUUCCUUGGUCUUUCAUUCAUUAGCGUAAAAAGAACUGACUUCAGGUCGCAGGUACUUUCCAUUGCUGGCAUUGUCGUGUGCGCUGGAGUAACCUCUCAUCGUGUGGAAUCGUUCACUUAGCGCAUAACGAUAAGGAGCCUGAGGCCCGGGGGUUCAAUGCCCGCCUGGCUGGCCUGUGGCGGCGGGAGCGGUGUGUGUCGGACUGUAGGGCGGCCUCGAGACUAGAGUUUGACUAUGGGGCCGAGGACGGUACCCGUGUAUGUGGCGGUCACAGGUCUCCGCGUGGUUCUCAGCAGGUUGCUGGUGGACAGCUCGCGCGAGGGCCCGGGAGUCUUGGGGGAACUUCCCGGCGCCGUCUGUGGACUGAGCGCUGGGCCCUGGACCGCACUAGGCGCUCUUGCCUCCGGAGCUGGACUCGCCGACUUUCAGUACAAAGAACAGUGAUAAUCAUAUAACUGGAAAAGCAAAGGUUUUUUAUUUUCGAUUGAGCAUCUCCACAGAAGUUUAUCCUUUUUUAAGAAAUAGAACUGUGUUUUCGAAAGAAGAAACUACAGUUUCAGCAUGCAGAAAGGAAAAGGGAGAACAAGCCGCGUCCGAAGACGAAAACUCUGCCGGACUUCUGAAUCAAGAGGAGAGAUGGGGUCUUUCUGUGUUGGCCAGGCUGGUCUCAAACUCCUGUCCUUAAGCAAUCCUCCUGCCUUGGCCUCCCAAAUGCUGGGAAUACAGAUGUGAGCCACUGUACCUUGCCAAUACUAUAUUUGUAUUGUACCUUUUACGCCAGUGCUUACCAUUGUUGAAUGAGAGCUACAAGUCUGAAUUUAUAGAGCUAAGGAAGUGGCUGAAAGAUAGGAAGUUUCAGGAUUCGAACUUAGUGCCUGCUCGUUUUCCAGGUACAGGAAGAGGGCUGAUGAGCCAAACAUCCCUGCAGGAGGGACAGAUGAUUAUUUCACUGCCGGAGAGUUGCCUGCUCACCACGGACACGGUGAUUCAAAGCUACUUAGGGGCGUACAUUGCUAAGUGGAAGCCUCCUCCAUCUCCUCUGCUGGCUCUGUGCACCUUUUUAGUUUCAGAAAAGCAUGCUGGGGACCGAUCUCUUUGGAAGCCUUACCUGGAGAUUUUACCCAAGGCCUAUACUUGCCCUGUUUGUUUGGAGCCGGAAGUGGUGAACCUUCUUCCCAUAUCUUUAAAAGCAAAGGCUGAAGAGCAGAGAGCCCAUGUGCAGGAGUUCUUUGCUUCCUCCAGAGACUUUUUCUCUUCUCUGCAGCCUCUGUUUGCAGAGGCUGUUGACAGCAUCUUCAGCUACAGUGCCCUGCUGUGGGCUUGGUGCACUGUCAACACCAGAGCUGUGUACCUGAGGCCCAGGCAGUGGGAAUGCCUUUCUGCAGAGCCGGACACCUGUGCACUCGCUCCGUACCUGGACCUGCUGAAUCAUAGCCCACAUGUCCAGGUAAAAGCAGCAUUUAAUGAAGAAACUCACUGUUACGAAAUUAGAACGACUUCACGUUGGAGGAAACAUGAAGAGGUGUUCAUCUGUUACGGCCCUCACGAUAAUCACCGGCUGUUUCUGGAAUAUGGAUUUGUUUCUGGACAUAAUCCCCAUGCUUGCGUUUAUGUCUCAAGAGAAAUACUUGUUAAAUAUCUUCCAUCAACGGAUAAACAGAUGGACAAAAAGAUUUCCAUCUUAAAGGAUCAUGGCUAUAUAGAAAAUUUGACAUUCGGAUGGGAUGGACCGUCUUGGAGGUUACUCACAGCCCUUAAGCUGUUAAGUCUGGAAGCUGAAAAAUUUACAUGCUGGAGAAAAGUACUUCUUGGGGAAGUAAUUUCAGAUACGAAUGAGAAGACAAGUUUGGAUAUAGCCCAGAAAAUAUGCUGUUAUUUCAUAGAAGAGACCACUGCUAUGCUUCAAAAGGUGUCUCGUACGAAGGAUGAAAAAGAGGCUCUGAUAAACCAGCUCACUUUGGUGGAAUCCCUGUGGACGGAAGAGUUAAAGAUUCUCAGGACAUCUGCCAAGACCCUGCAUAGUUUGCAAAUAGCUUUGACCUGACUUCACCGAAGCGUGAAGUCACCUCCUCUGAAACAGAAGUUAAUAUGAAGAGAGCCAUCAUGGGCUGGGGUGGUGUCCACCCCCAGGACAUGCAGGAGUCUGCAGGGGCAGCACAGCUCUGGGAUUGUGGGGCUGUGAGUGAACCAGCUGUGGACCAGCUUUCUGCAUGGCACUUCUAAUGCUUUUCAGAAGAAAGUGCUGAGCUGUGAGGAGAGGGGCGGACUGCGAGGGAGCCAGGAGCCAGCCGCACUCCGUGUGUGUGGUCUGUCACCUCGGGGCCUGCUUCUUAUCUGACACAGCAGCCAUCAGAGUCAAGCAGGUCGUGCUUUUAAGAUGCUCCGAUACCACUGGGUUAAGGGGCAGGUUGGCGGGGGGUGGCUUUGGGCGGUGUGGAUGGGGGAAUGGGAGGCAGUUCUGGGUCCCUGACAAGGUGGCCCAGCUGCCAGCCUUUCCCUGUGUGGACACACUGGUAGGUGUUCUCCAAGGGGAUGCAGGGAUUCCAGGAGGAGGGAGUUUCCCCGCAGACAUGCUCCUGGCCUUUCACAUGCCCAAGGCGGGGCUUGUCUAAUUAUUAACUUGGGAAGAACGGCCAGCUCAGCCAGCAGCUUUGUUCCACCAGGGGGCUGGCCGCCCUCCCAGCUGGGCCUUGGUGGGCCUGUCUGCUUGAUUCUGGGCUUCAGUGUACAUCAGCUGACGGCAGACCAUGGUGGUGGUUUGGUCUCUGUUCUUAUUCUUUGAGUUUUGAUCCUGCUCAGAUCCAGGGUGGGGAGGAGGGGACGCUUCCUGCACAGCUCUCGGGGGACUUCUGAGGGUGCCACCCCCGUAACUGAGGGGCUGCUUGUUCUGUUCGGGCCUGUGCCGGGGUCACUGCUUAGACACUGUUGCCCAGAGUCCUGUUUGCUCUCCCAGGGGUCCGUUCUUCCCAAGAACUCAAAUUCCUUUCUCACUGGAGCCCAGCAAAACCCAGGGACAGGGGCCUGCUGGCCUCAGAAGGCAGGCAGUUUAAAGUAAGACGUUCUCAGGAUUUCUGGAACGUCUUUCCCUGUUCGUAUGUAGUUUAUUAUUUAGUAGUCGCAGUACACUCCUUAUUUUCUUCACUGUUCAGUGUCAUGCAGUGUGUUUCACACUGUGCUCUAUGGAGACUGGCAGACUCUUCUGUAGAGGGCCGCGUAGUGGCCAUUUGAAGCUCCCUGGACCACCGUCUUGGUCCCAGCGAUUCUGCGGAGCAGCCGUCGGCGGCAUGGCAGCCACUGCAAGGCUGGCUCCGGGAAGCUGUCCAGCGACAGGUGCGGGCACCGCAAGGCUGGCUCCGGGAAGCUGUCCAACGACAGGUGCGGGCUGUAGUCUCCUGACCCCUGUGCUGUGCUGGAAUUUCUUCUAUUCCCUAUUAGUGGACCUAAAUAUGUUAAUUUCUUUACCCCUUUCAAGAUGGCCACCCCCUUGAACAUUAAAAACCUUGCAGACCCUC